UGCACUCAGCGAAACGCAGUUCACACUUCUCCGUUACAACAAGUGAAAUCCGAGAGAGAUGAGCAAUCAGAACUCCCGCAACGAAACGGCGACAUCCGCCGUCAACGGCUCCGAUUCUACCGCUACAGUUUCCAGAGAACGGAAAACUGGAGGAGGUGUUCUAAAAAGGCUGAAAUCGCGACGAAAUCAAGUGGACCGACGGCCUGUAACGGAGGACGAGCUGCGGGCGCUGGCAAGAGACAUCACUCCGGGUGAAGUUUUGGGACUCCGGGCGGUCACUCGCGACUAUUUAUGUAAACCAGAGGACAACAUCUACAACAUUGACUUCACACGUUUCAAGAUCAGAGACCUGGAGACAGCCACAGUGCUUUUUGAGAUUGCCAAACCACCACACUGUGAUAUUGAUGAAGAAGAUGAGGAAAAUGUAGAGGAAAGUGCUGGGCGUUUUGUCCGUUACCAAUUCACGCCAGCAUUCCUUAAGUUACGCACAGUAGGAGCCACUGUGGAGUUUACAGUUGGUGAUCGGCCUGUAAACAACUUCAGAAUGAUUGAGAGACACUAUUUUCAAGACCGCCUUUUGAAGAACUUUGACUUUGACUUUGGCUUCUGUAUACCGAACAGUCGGAACUCGUGCGAGCAUAUCUACGAUUUCCCUCAGCUCCCAGAUGACCUCAUUCGAUUGAUGAUUGAGCACCCAUACGAGACCAGAUCAGACAGCUUCUACUUUGUGGACAACAAACUCAUCAUGCACAACAAGGCAGACUACGCUUACAAUGGAGGCCAUUAGUGCUGUGCCACCAAGAAAUCUGAGGAUUGUUUGUUGGAGUGACCAUAUGGUUUUGCUUGGAUUUAGAUAUGUGGGGCUACUAACAACAGACAGUGUUGUCACCAGCGUUUUGAUCUGGCACCAUCAACCCACCUAAAUGGAAAUUACCAUCCCUCCAUGAUGUCCCUGCAUUCCCUAGUCUGCAUGAACUACUUAUUGGUUUGGCCAUAAUUGCCGCCGUUCUGUUCCGUUAUACUCAACUAUCCUGAAUUGAGGAAUUGCCUUGUCGUCCAAUUUUUAGGGUGACAACAAUAUAGGAGAUUUUAACUUGAAUUGUAGGUUUUUUUAAGUGUUUGUUUUUAACCUACCUACUCUAACUUUUGUCUUGAUUUUGAUCGUUUAUUUACAAAAUGUGCUAAAAUGAAGCGAUCCUACCCAUUAAAUAUCUGUGUGUGGUGGUUAUUAAAGGAAUGUUCUGGGUUCAGUACAAUUUUUAGCAUAAUGUUGCUUACCUCAAAAAAAAAUUCACUCGUCCCUCGUUUAUUACACCAAAAUAAUUUAAAUAAUUGCGGGUACAGUAAGUCGUUUACAAUGUAAGUGAAUGGGGCCAGCCUAUAAACAUUAAAACACACAUGGUUUCAAAAGUAUAGCCACAAGACAUAAAGAUCGUACAUGUUAAUAUGUGAAAAUUUUAGUGUGAAAACAAUAUUUUCAACAGUGGUGGCCAAAAGUAUUGGCAGUGACAUACAUUUUGUGUUUUGCCAAGUUUUCUGCUUCAGUUGUUGUGGUAUUGAUUCACAUUGUUUCCAGAUUAUUGUACAGAGUGAUCAGAUGCUUUUUAAAUGAUUGCAAAAAGCUUCAUUGGCCAAAAAACUGAACAAAAUGACCAGCUAACAUAAUUUCACUAAUCAUAUCAACAGCACCUGGAAAAGUGUAAACAAGUACUAGUCAGGUGAAAUCACUCUAUCAUUCUGAUUGGAUUAUAAGAGCAGACUGAUUGCUAUUAAAGGAGAGAAGUGCUUCCAUUGUGUUCUUGUUAGCAAUGGUUACCUCCAAAUAAAGAAGUGCAGCCAUCAUCACUUUGCAUCAAAAUGGCCUAACAUGCAAGGAAAUUGCUGCAAAGAAUAUUGCACCUGAAAGAACCAUUUACUGGAUCAUCAAGAACUUCAAGGAGUGAGGUUUGACUGCAUUGAAGAAGGCUUCAGGACGUCCCAGAGUGUCCAGUAGGCUCCAGGACUGUCUCCUCCUGAGGAGUCAGCUACAGAAUCGUGUCACCACUAGUGCAGAGCUUGCUCAAUAUUGGCAGCAGGUUGGUGUGAGUGCAUCUGCAUGCACAGUGAGGCGAAGACUUUUGAACAAUGGCCUGGUGUUAAGAAGGGCAGCAAUGAAGCCACUUCUCUCCAAGAAAAACAUAAAGGACAGACUGAAAUUCUGCAGGAAGUACAAGGAUUGAACAGCAGAAGACUGGUGCAAAGCUAUUUUCUCUGAUGAAGCCCCCUUCCGACUGUUUGGGACAUCUGGAAAAUCGAAAGUCUGGAGAAGAAAAUGUGAACGCUACCAUGAGUCCUGUGUCGUGCCAGCAGUGAAGCAUCCUGAGACCAUGUGUGGGGUUGCUUUUCAUCCAAGGGAGUGGGCUCUCUCACAAUUCUGCCCAAAAACACUGCCAUGAAUAAAGAAUGGUAUCAAAACAUCCUGCAAGAGCAACUUCUCCCAAUGAUCUAGGAGCAAUUUGGUGAUGAUCCGUGCAUUUUCCAGCAUGAUGGAGCACCAUGUCACAAGGCAAGAGUAAUAAUGAAGUGGCUCGGAGAUCAUUAUAUUGAAAUUUUGGAUCCGUGGCCAGGCAACUCCCCGGAUCUUAAUCCCAUAGAGAACCUGUGGUCAAUCCUCAAAAGGCGAGUGGACAAGCAGGAGCCCUCAAAUUGUGAUCAACUCCGAGCACCAAUAAGGCAAGAAUGGAUCGGCAUCAGCUGAUAUCCAGCAUGCCAGAGCAAAUUGCAGAGGUUAUGAAGAACAAGGGCCAACACUGUAGAUAUUGACUCUUUGCAUAUAUUGAGUGUUUUUGCCAAUAAAAGCCUAUAAAACUUAUGAAACGCUUAUCAUUGUUUUCCAGUAUACCAUAGAAACAUGUGAAAAAAAUAAUCUACAAAUGCUGAAGCAGCAAACUUUGCGAAACACAAAAUGUUUGUCAUUGCCAAUACUUUUGGCCACGGCUGUACGUGAUUUUAGUGUGAUAAAAUCACUAAAUGCAGGGUCUAUCUAUGCUAUGCCACCAUGGUUAUCUUAUUUAAAUUAAGUUAUUAUUGGAGAUGUUUAUACAGAUAAGCUUAGUAAGCAAUUUUAUCGCACUAAAAUCAUGUUAAUACUUUUGUUGUUUAUGUCUUGUGGCUAUACUUUUAAAACAAUUAUUAUUUUAACGUUUAUGGGUUGGCCUCAUUCACUUCCAUUGUAAGUGCCUUGUUUUAAAUAACCAAGGGAUGAUUCGAAAAAUGUUUUGUUAUAAUCAGCAUUAUGCCACAACUGCUGUUGAUUGAGCUUAACUUGAAUUUUACCCAGAAGGCCAGGGCGUUCCUUUAACCAGAAAGAGGGUGCAUGCACAGUUUAUCCAUUGUCUAGUUGAUUAUUAAACGCAUUAACAUGAACCACAUUAUUGGGGUAUAACUACAUCGAUGAAAUGAUUGUUGAAUUCUGUUUUUUUUGGUAGAAUUAAUGAACUUGUUUUUCAACUAAGGGUUUUUCUUUCUGGAUAUAAACCAUAAACUGAUAUGUGGGGCCUGUUUCUGACAGAAAAGUGAUUGGGAGCGUCAUCCAGGUAGAGAUGGUUGAGGAGAGUCCCUUGUUCACCAUGUAAAGUGCUUUGAGUGUAGUGACAGAAAAGCGCUAUAUAAGUGUAACGUUCAUUCAUUCAUUCAUUCAGAUGGAUUUUGCGUUUCUCUUUUAGAAAGGAUCAGGGAUUGAUAUUUGCUCAUAUUGUUGGGUUCAUAUGACGUGUCUGUGUCAUGUAUGAGGGCUUUUAAUGUCGCACUAAGAUGUCUUACUACUGCGCACCCACAGAGCGGGAUGGAAGCAACAUUGUGUGCACCUUUCAAGCUAUUUAGCUUCUCUAUCAGAGCUUUAUGUUUACCUUUGAUCUUAUUCAACCCAAUGUUAAAUGGUGGCUGUGAUUUGCAAUGUGCUAGGUGAACGUUUCAGAAACAUCUUGUUGUCAGGUGAUGCGAUUGGAUGAGACAAAAAUAUACAGUACAAAGCAAUGGGGAACCCAUCAGAGAGAGUACCCUAAUUUUAUGAACCCCUGGCCUUAUGGUAAAUAUGAUUUAUUAGAUCAUAGUCAAAUCAAAGCAUUGUAAUUUUAUGUUUUGUCAUUUAAAUGGCUUUAAUACUUUUAAAACCAUGUUCUCAACUGGAAGGUGACUUGCUUACAUUCUUAAGUGUCCUUAAGAAAGAGAGGCUUAAUUGAAUAAUAUGGACAAACUGUUUAAGUAUUUGUGGUUGCGUUUCUGUCUAAUGCCUUGGUUGUAAAAGCACUGGGUUCUUUAAUAAGUCCAUAAAUCAUCUGUUUAAUGCCAUAUUGACUUGCUCGAACCUCAAAGGAGUAAUUUGCUAAACAGCCCUUAGUCCAUACAUUACAACAAACCACUCACAAGAAAAUCUUGAAAGUUAUUUUUAAUUAAUCGACUUGGCUUGGCCGCGUAUUUCUUCUACUAAUUCUUAGUUUCCUCCUUUUUUAUUCUGAAUUAUGUUUUAUCCCCAGUCUAAAUGAGAGGUAAUAAAGCUUUGUAAUUGUUCUAUACCACACUUUAGCCUGCUAUUAUGGCAAUGGCCUAUAAACACUAAUUGUGUUUUUUUUUUAUUAUGAGCAGUUGCUUUAUUCCUAAAGCGGUUUAUGCUUCAAAUUGUUAUUUGUUGUAUACUGUUUCAACUGGAAUAUAUUUGUCUUUUUUUCCUUUUUUAUUUAGCAUGUUUCGGUUUGAAUGAAGCCUGUAUCAGGAUUGUUAAAUAUGAAAGAUAAUCUCACAAUUUAGCGUUCUUUAACACAAGAGCACUGAAAAGUUUUAUACAUUCGAGUUUGUACAUUAGAAACGUCAGGGAGCAUUAUGAUGAAUAGUAGAAACAUUCAAUCAUAAGGAAAUGUUUUCAUUAAUGGUAAGAAAGAAACAUAGGUGAUGUUGAAGGCUUUGAGAUGAUUUACACUAAAUCCUUAUACAUUUGUCAGUUUUUGAAGCUGAAGAUCAUUUGCAUGUACAUUUUGUGUUAUACCAGCUGCAUAAGAAUGAUGUUACCCUGGGGGUUUAAGGCCUAAGUUUAAUGUCAUGGUUGCUGAAGAAAUCUUAAUUAAGUCAUGUCUGUAUAAUGUAGGGGAAGAUGAGGGAAGGCGCCCCCCACCUUAACUUUUUCUCUUGACCAUAGAUUGCACUAAAUCUCAUCUCAACCCCUGUUUUGAAUGUCUGUGCUCCUCUUAAUCUUGAUAUGUCAUCUGAUGAUUUUGUUCAGAGACAAAUAAAACAUUUUA